ACAUGGAUAACAUGCUGUGUGAACGUGAAGUGAUUAGUAAAAGAAGUGCAUACUCGGUGAAGUGUGAGAAUCCGGUUCGUAUUUUGCUCUGUGCCAGAGGGCGGGUGUGAGAGAGUGCCAGUCCUGCCAAAUCAGACACAAACGAGUGUGUGUUUAGAAACAACCGACAGCUAAACUUGACAGAAAAACUACGAGAAUGGCCAAGCCUGAAGACAUUCGAUGAGGAAAAGUGCAUUCGUGAUUACCACAACUACUUCAAUUCCCACAUUUCCAUCUGCGACUCUUGGGUGUGGAUUCUCAAAAAUCGCAUCUAAAUCAUCUUAAUAACCAGGUGUGAUCAGUGUGAGGUGUGCCUGUAAUGGAAGGGGAACCUUUCCUAGAUCUGUGUCACCUGACUGAGGUGGAGCAGACUGUUAUUUUCAGCGUUCUGCAGAGAGAUGCUGAACUACGCAACAAAGAGGAAGGGAGAAUACGGAAACUGCAGCAGACGGUGUCAGAUCCUGUCCGUCUGCGCACUCUCUCGGGCGCGUGGUUUCAUGAAGAGCGUGCUAAGAGAUAUCAAAAGGGAGGAGCUGAUGUUGUUCAUUCUUCAAUACGCCAUAAGAGGCGUGUAAAAGAUAUACCUCUGACAUCAAUAUUUACAGAAGAAAAAGGUAACUCUUCUCAGCUACAUGAGCAGCGAGAGGAAGACAAAAAUACAGAGAGAGAAUUGCAGGAAAAUAUUAGUGUAAGAGAGGAUGACAAUGGCCAGGAAGAGAAGGAAAGAGAAAAAGAAGAUGGGGAAAGUUGCAUUCCCUUGGUUAGCCCUGAACAACAAUCCAGGAUUAUAGACAUCACAAAGAGCAAUACAGCAAAAGAAAACUGUGUUAAAGAAAGUGUUGGAGAGUCUGAGGACAAAGAGAAGAGAAUUUUGCUGAAUACGUCACCAUCUCUGCAGAUUGAUUCGGAGGGUGAUGGGGACAUGGACUCUGGCAGCACUGAAGUAGACUAUACUAGGUUUGGGUCAGUUAGCAGCUUGGCCUCCCAUCAUAUGAUGAACGGCAGUUUGAUGAGCCUGUACAGUGUGGGCGAUUUCGGGGAUGUCGUGGUAUCAGGGCGGAUCCAGUUCUCGGUGCAGUAUGAUGUCAAGAAAGAGGAGCUUCAUGUGCACAUAAUACGCUGCCAAGAUCUUGCGUCGGCCCGUAAACAUCGAUCAGACCCGUAUGUUAAAGUUUACCUUCUCCCUGACAACACAUCCCGCAGUAAGAAAAAAACUGCAGUGAAGAGGAAAACAUUAAAUCCAGUCUAUGAUGAAACCAUGAAAUACAGAGUGCGCAGACUGGAGCUCAAGGCUCGUGUGCUGAGUAUGUCAGUCUGGCACAUGGAGAGAAUGAGGAGAAACCUCUUCCUGGGGGAAGUGGAAGUGAGGCUGGCUCAGUGGGACUGGAGCCAGAGCCAACCAACCUGGCACAACCUCCAGCCAAGAGUGAAGUUGAGUCCAGAUGACAUCAUCAGCAGAGGAACCAUUCUGUUCUCAAUUAAGUUUGUACCUCCAGGUUCAGACGGAAGUGGUUGUCCACCGACUGGUGAGCUCCAUAUUUGGUUGAGGGAGAUUGUUGGUCUACUGCCCUCUAAACGUGGCGCACCUAGUACAUAUGUAAAAAGCGUGGUAUUACCAGAUGAGAGUGGCAUCAGUGGCCAGCAGACUCGGAUGGUGCGAGGAUCUGUCAACCCAGUGUUCAACCACACCAUGGUUUAUGACGGGUUUCAGUCUAGCGACCUCAUUCAGGCCUGUGCAGAGAUAACGGUCUGGAAUCAACAUCCCUCCAGCUGUCUGGGCGGAGUGCGACUCAGCACAGGCUCAGGUGUGAGUUAUGGUCAGGCUGUCUGCUGGAUGGACUCAACAGAAGAUGAGAUUAGUGCGUGGUCAAGUGUGAUUCAGUGCCCCAACAGCUGGGUAGACACCAGCCUACCAAUCAGAACCAAUUUACAGCUCUGUUCUGAUUGAAUAGGUCUUUGUUUAACCUAUUCACCCUGUGACUUUGGUUGUGUAACAUUCUGGAAUACACCACACACAUUUCCCUCCAAUCUUUGACCCAGCUUGAAGUCUGGAUGAGUUGAAGCUAGUUGGCAAAAGUCAACACCAGUUUCCAACUGUUAGAUGCUGGAGUUGAUAGAUUUCACAGAACAUUUUGUAGUAUGUAAUGGGCACAGACUAUGGUUUGUAGCUUCAGACUAUGACUCCAUCCAGUUUGAGGAUAUCAAAUGUUUUUAUAUUUUGAGCCAAUUUUAGAACACGGUGUAUGACAGUGUAUUUUAGCGGUGUAUGACAUAACCUAACUGACUUGACACUAUUCAUCUCCAACCACGGUAGCAAUCUCUACAGGACAAAAAUUAGAUCCCCCCUCCUUUACAUAAAAUGGAGCAAAUUAUAUAAGGGGAAUAGAAACAAACAUUUUUGCAUUAUGGAUUUUUCACAAAAUAGUCCUCACACAUUUCUUUGAGUAUGUUGCCAAAUAAUAUGAUACAGUUUUGUUUAACGUUGUUGUAAGAUUAAGUGUUUUUUUUUUUGCUAGAGUUUGCUAGUGUCAUGCAAAUCUAGAGGGGAAUGAUAAUUAAUUGUCAAACUUUAACUGUCCUCUUAUGGGAAUAAUUAUAUUUACAUUUUUCUACUUGUGGUCUCAUAGAAGGUCAAGCCACAUAUGUAAUGAAAUACUAACUGCUGAUUAAAACCACACAUUUGUAUUUACAAACAAAAACAAAAAAACUAUGAAAUCAGAAUAUAUUAUUGUACAUAUUUUUGUCAAACUGUUUGAUAAUCUUUUUCGAAAGAAGUGCUUAUUUUUACUUGCAUUAGGAUGAAUAAAAAAAUAG